GUUUCGACUCGUUCACUCUGGCGACGAGGAUGGCGAGCGUUUGCCGGAAUGGAGGUUACGGCGAGUGCUUCUCCAUUAAAAGGGUCAGCAUUGUGAGAGAUUUAAGCUCCUCCGUUAUUUUCCUUUCUAUUUUUUUUUUUUACUGUCACAGAGAUUGACGAAUCGAAUGAUUAUUAGGUUUCCUCGGACCAGGAAACCAUCAAUCGGAACCCUAUUGAAAGGGGAUUUUUUUUUUUAAAAAAAAAUCAUUUUGGUUUGAAGUUUGCGGGAUUUAUCUUUGGGAUUGUGGAAUGUUGUUAAAUGUGUUUAUUUUUGUCGCACUUCUUCAUGGGGCUGCAGCUGCAAAUUCUUCCACACAAUGGCAGACCUUGAGUGGUAUGAUUAAGGGUUUUGUUAUCAGUACUAUGCUUUGAGGAUGCAUGUUAUUCUGCUCAAUGGAUGUAUUGUACAAGAAUUGAGAAAAAAAAACGAACUUUCUUCCAUCAAAGGCAUCAAAUUUAUGUUGUUUCCUCUUUGUACGAGUUAAGUUGAUUUCCUUUACAAGUCGAACCCUAAGUUUUCAUUUCAAAAUUUGGUUUUCAUUUAUACUACUUGAUAUUAUGCUCGACCAAAAUCAUAAAAGCAAUAUACUCUUGAAUUUGAAUGUUAGAAAGUAGAGAUUUUGUUCCAUAUAGAUGAUAAAUAAUCCCUAAGAAAUUCCUCAAGGGGCACAGCCACUAUCAAAGAUGAUGGAAUUUUUUUCCAUAGUUUUUCUUUACCUGAUACAUCUCAGUACUACCUUACAUGUUGUAAUUUGCUAAUAGUAUCAUAUGUUAUUAUUGGAUAUUUGUUACAAGGUUAUUCAAGCGCAAUUCUGUAUUCUAAAUUACGAUCUAACUAAUAUGGAAAUUGUUAAAUUUCACUUUCCAAGCUGCCACUGUAUAAUUUAUGUGACUUGUCAUAGUAUAUAUGUACUCUCACAUCCAUUUCGCAGGUAAUGCUCCCUUAGUUAUAGCACGUGGCAGCUUCUAUGGAGUUUUCCCAGAGUCCAGCCAGUAUGCUUACCAAUUUGCACUGGCAAAUAGUGUGGAAAAUGUGUUUUAUAUUGUGACCUUCAAUUAACAAAAGAUGGAGCUGGAAUCUGCCAGUCAGAUUAUAGACUGGAUAAUUCAACAACUAUUUCAUCUGUCUUCCCGGUAGGGCAAAAACUUAUCCUGUCAAUGGAAAACAGCUUCAAGGAUGGUUUUCUGUUGAUUUCACUUCAGAUCAAUUGAUAACAAUGUCUCAUUUUAUUGACAAUUCAAACUUCUCAGUAGAUGGAGUGCUUGCAGAUUUCCCAUCGACAGCAUCAUCACCUAUAUCUUGCUUGGCACACAACAACAAGCGGACUCGCCCUGGAAAAGAUCGAGCAUUGAUUACCACACACAAUGGUGCGAGUGGAAUCUAUGUGGGAUCCACUAAUCUUGCUUAUCAACAGGCAUUCGAAGAUGGAGCAGAUGUAAUAGAUUGCUCAAUCCAGAUGUCAAUAGAUGGAGUAGCCUUUUGUUUAGAAUCGGCAGAUCUUAUGGGUCACACAACAACGGUAAAAACCUUUAUGCCUCAAGCAACAUUGGUUCCUGUGAUACAAAAGAGUAACAGAAUCUUCUCAUUUGAUCUGUCAUGGAGCAACAUCCAAAGCUUGAAGCUGGAAUUAACAAGCCUGUUAUUUGCGUCUGGCAUGACAAGAAAUCUUGCUGUGAAAAAUGAGGGUAAUUUUAUGACCAGGAAUGAAUUUCUUAACUUUGCGAAGAAUAGCACAAUCUCUGGAAUUCUGAUUAACAUAAGAGGUAUAGGAGAGGAGUCGAUGGGAUUGUGACAGACUUUCCGACAACUGCAGCUGCAUAUUGCAGGAGCCCUUGCUCUGAUGUAAAUGCCAAGUUGGCCUACCCAUAGAACCCAUAGAGCCCAGUGCUCUUAUCGCACUGGUUCCACCUGAGCCAUUGCUUCCAGCCGAAGCUCCUGCCCCUGCUCUUCAAGUUUCAGACAUUCAAGAUCCAGCACUACUACCGGUGGCCGGCCUCUGGGAAAUAUCAACGGCCAUCGCUCCUCCGACAACUACUCCAUCAAGCAGUCAAUCAACAAAUGUUGCCAGCAUUGCUCUGUCUCUUGGUAGUGAGCUCAGUUCCAUGUCUUUGAGCUAUCAGUGAUGCAUGGGGUUCAUGAUGGUUUCAGUUAAUUGUCAUUGUAGAUAUCUCAUGUCACAUUGAAACAGAUAAAUUAAGUUUUUCUCAUCUGAAAUAGAUGAAAAUUGUUUAUCUAACUUUAUGAGGAUGAAUAAAUACGAGUGAGAUGAUUCAAA